AUGACUGGCGAUAUUUCACCCCUGGCUUGGAGCAUUGCAGUAUGUGUGGCCCUUGCGGUCAUCGUCGCUCGAUGGAUGGGAAGGGCCUCGAAGGAGCCACCGUCCCUCGGGGGCAGCAUGCUGUCGAACACGUACCAGUACAUGACAGACAUGCACGGAUUCCUACAGCGUGUUGCUUCGGCGCAGCGCAGCAGCAAGAUCGUCAGGUUCCGACUUGGACCGAAGAAGAUAUACAUGGUCUCAGGCGAGAAGAACAUCCAGGCAAUCAACCGGCCGUCGCACAGUAUCAGCCCCGAUGUCUUCUUCCUUGAGGUAAUGGCCAAUGUCUGGGGCGCGAGGAAGGACGAAGUGGCCAAGUUCGAGCAGGACAAGUCCGGCCGCAGCAAGAACCCUGUGCCAGGCCACGAUAUCAAGCCAGGGCAGACGCGACUUUGGCAUGGACAGCAUCACGUUUACUCGGAAUACCUGCAGCGAACUGACCAUGCCAAUGCCCUCAGCGACAAGUACUUCGAUCUGUUCUCCGAGCGUCUAGCUAAGCAGCCUCUGGGGGAGUGGACGGAGCUGCGUCUGAGCCAGUUCUUCGAGAGCGAAAUGGCCGAAGCUGCACUCGUCGCAUUAAUGGGCUCUCGCAUCGUCGAGAUUAAUCCUGGUUUCUGGCCGGCAAUGUGGGAAUUCGCCCGCCUCGCACCGCGCCUGAUGUGGGGGUUGCCUCGAUGGGUGAAUCCCAGGCCUUGGGAAAUCCGCGAGGAGUUCCACCGCAUGUGUCGCCGCUAUCUUGAUGCAGCCGAGAGCGAGUUUGACUGGAAUGGGCCCGAUGUCGACGCCGAGUGGGAGCCUCACUAUGGGUCCAGAAUGGCACGCGAGCUCAUCGGAUGGGCGAAGCAGAAUCUCUCGCCUGAGACAACGGCUGGGAUGGUGGCGACGUUUAUCUUCGGGACGAAUGCAAACUCGGUGCCCAUGUCGACCUGGGCCAUGAUGGAAAUCAUCGCGGACCCAAAGUUAUAUCGUGCGGUGCGAGAGGAGUGUCUGGCUGCGAGCACUGUCGACGCUUCGACCGGCCAGCGCGUCUUCAAUCCUCAGAAGCUCCUCUCGAUGCCUCUUCUGCAGUCUGUCUAUAUAGAGACGCUGCGUCUGCAUGUAUCGAUCAAUGUCACCCGUCAGGUUACGCAAUCUUUAACUCUCGAUGGACACGUUCUCACCCCGGGGUCGCUUAUCCAAGCACCAAGUCAGAUCGGGCAAUAUAACGAGGCAGUCUGGGGCUCUGAUGGACACCCUGCAGCGGAAUUCUGGGCUGGAAGACACAUUAAAUACGCUAGUGGCAAGCCCGAGUUCACAAUGGCCGGGCGAACGGCAUCUUUCUUUCCAUUUGGGGGUGGUCCCUCCAUCUGCCCCGGGCGUGUCUUCGCAAAGCAGGAGAUCUUGAUGACAGUGGCUGCUAUUGUCACGCGGUUUGAAAUAGAGCUGGUCGAAUGGACACAUCCAGAUGGAUCCAAGUCGGAUCGGCCAGCGCAGAAUGACCAGUCCUAUAUCGGGGCUGUGGGCAUUCCUCCUGACCGGGACAUGAAGGUGCGCUGGAAGCGACUGUGGUAG